ACAAACUAUGAAUGCACAUAGCACGUGGACAUGCGUGGACAGCGUGGACACAUUUCGUUUACGAUUCUCUGGUUUACGUAUAAUAUUGUGUAACACUUAAUUUAUUUAGUGUGUGAUUUUAAAACUAAACUUAAAUUAAAAUAAUUUAGUUCAUUUAUAGGUUUUAAACAUGGGGAAAUUAAAAAAGCCAAAAAUCAGUAAAAUUAAAAGGAACAAUCUUAUAAAGACGAAGCUUUCAAAGCAAGGGAAACUUAAAUCUCGACGGCAUAAAUCAGCAAAGAAAAAACCUCAGAAACCAGCACCACCACCUCCAAAAAUAGUAGAAGAAGAAGAAGAAGAGAGUGAUCAUGGAGAAGAUUUGAUGAACAUGGUUGAAGAAGAUGAUUUAGAUUUUUUAAAAAGUGCUAUAUCUAAUAAAUCUUACAACCUAUUGAAACCGAUUCGCUUGAACGAAACAGACAAAGAUUUAAAUAAGAGAAAGAAAAGAAAGACUGAAAAUGAUCAGCCGUUAGAAGAACUGUAUGAGACUAAUGUCUCGAAAAUUGUGGAGGAGACAGGAGGGAAGUCAGUUCGAAUGUUGCUUCCCAUAAAAACACACGAUGGUGUUGUAAAGAAACGUAUUGUUGAAGAAGACAGUAAAAUUUCAAAUGGAGAAGGAAAUGAAGACACAAAUGGCCAAGAAGGAGGGAAAGAAGAUAAUCAAUAUGAAAAUAGUGAUACAGAAGUGGAUAUUGAUGCGCAUAAUAACUUGCAAGUAACUGAUAAACCAGUGUCUACCAUCGAACUUCUGGCGCAUCGUGAAGAGAUAUUGAGAGCCAAGCGUUUUAAAAUAGGUAUACUUUCGAGUGGCAUAUUAGAAAACCCAGAACUCAAGUCCGAAAAUUUUACUGUAUUGCUGAAAAUGAUGGAUAAAGAAACUUCGGAAGUUUACAUCACAAUCAGAAAACUGGCAAUGAUGUCUCUGUUAGAAGUCUUUAAAGACUUGCUACCGUCGUAUAGUAUCCUGCAGGCUCCUCAGGAAGGAGUAAAGCUGAAAAAAGACACUUUGGUGCUGCAGAAAUAUGAAGCUACCCUAUUGAAGAAUUACAAAAGCUAUUUGCAGAGACUCGAAAAGAUGUCUAAGAUUUUGAGACAAAAGGGAAAUGUGCAGUCGGUAAACGAACAAGAAAAGCAAUUGGGCGAGACAGCUGUUUCCUGCAUGUGCGAGCUCCUCACCCUCCAUCCGUAUUUUAAUUUCUCCGUUAAUAUAGCUAAUUUCAUCCUUCCUCUAUUGGAUAACAAACGGAGCAGCGUGAGAGAAAAAGUUGCGCAAUCUAUUUCCCAAGUAUUCAAAGAAGAUAAACGUGGUCAGCUAUCUCUCACAAUAGUACGAAAAUUAAAUCAGUAUAUCAAGUCGAGGAAACACUCUGUACACUCUGAGGUGAUAGCGGUGUUACUGGCUCUGCGCAUCAAAGACAUCAAUCUGGACAAAGAAAAGGAGGAGGAAACCAAGCAGAAGAAACUCAUGUCUCACAAACAAAGGAUUCUCGCGUUAAGCAAACGGGAGAGGAAAAAGAGCAAGAAGCUGGAGCAAGUGGAGAAAGAAAUGCUUGAGACGAAGGGCGAGGAAAAUAAGCAGGCGAAGCAUAAGACUCUCACGGAGAUAACGAGUAUAGUGUUUACUAUAUACUUCAGAAUUCUGAAACAAGCUCCCAACAGCAAAGUGCUAUCCGUGUGCCUGGAAGGAUUGGCCAAAUUUGCGCACUGUAUCAAUAUAAAUUUUUACGAGGAUUUAGUGAACGCCAUAGACAGGUUAAUAGAGGACGGUAAUUUGGGAUUGAGGGAGCAACUGCACUGUGUUCAGUGUAUAUUCACGAUAUUAUCUGGACAAGCCGUAGCGUUGAAUAUCGAUCCAUAUAGAUUUUACGUGCAUUUGUAUAAAAAUAUAUUGAAAGUCCAUUGCGGGAGGACGCACUCGGAGACUGAGACCGUGCUGCAAACGUUGCUGCAGAUUCUCAUACAUCAGCGGAGGAGGAUCACGCAGGCACGCAUGGUAGCCUUUGUAAAGAGAAUCGGCACGAUGGCAUUGCAGUCGCAGCACAACGCGACGCUGGGGAUUCUCGGUAUUAUCAAGCAAGUGAUGCAGCUUGGGAAAGCGGCUCACGUCUUGUUGGACACCGACUGCACCGGCGACGGUCAUUACCGGAUCGAAAUUGAGGAACCCGAUUACUGCAACGCUGAGUGUACCGCGUUGUACGAGCUCGUUGCUCUACAGCGCCACUAUCACAGCGUGGUACAGCAGCUCGCUAAAAAUAUAGCGUACACUACACCUACGAGCGGUGAGGGCAGCUUGACGGCCGAAAUUGCGAAGUUAUCACCAGAGGAACUCUAUACGGAAUAUGACCCUGCGGGUGUAGCGUUUAAGCCUGCCGUACCUAUUCCAAAGAAGAAUACCGUUAAAAAGAUACCGGUGAAUUAUAGUAUGAGCCCACAACUCGAAAAAUAUGUUAAUACUGUCGAUGUCGGCAACUUAUUUGCGAACGGACAUGUAGACUUUUACAAAGCCUGUAAAAGUAAAAAAAGGGAAGGAAUAUAUUAAGUAACAUUGAAUAAUUGAAAUAAAAAAUUCUUACAUACUAAA